UACCGGCUUGAAGCUCUGCUGUCCUGCUGUGUAUUUCUUUCUCUAGGAGCAAGGAGAUGUCUACCGGCACUGCUAAUUCUGCUGUUUCCAGCAAAUCUACAAAUUCAACAACCUCAACAUCUAAAGUUCCUGUCAACGAAAAAUCGAACAAUUCUCAGAAUGCGAAUACCUCAACUGCCAGUAUUAUCAAAUCGUAUCGUGAAAUUGUAAACGACCCUAAAAAUCUCGAUGAGGCUGCCAACUAUUUGUAUCAGUCGCUGUUGGACGAUGCCGUCGUAGGUGUAUUUCUGGAAAUUCACCAUUUGCGCAAGACUGGCAAUCUGACAGCGAUGGAUGGAGUAAAUGAAGAUGAAUCGGAAACUUCAUUUCGCAUUGUUGACAUGCCGAAUUUCGAUAUAUUUGGCAUAUCCACCGCUAAGAAACCAAUGGACUGCACCUGCCCCAACUGUGAUAGGCCUGUGUCGGCGGCUCGUUUUGCUCCCCACUUGGAAAAGUGCAUGGGUAUGGGUCGUAUAUCUAGCCGCAUUGCUAGCCGUCGUCUGGCCACAAAGGAGAGUAACAGUGCCAGUUCUUCGUCAUCUUCGUCAUAUCUGCAGACGACAAAUGCCGGAAGUGAUGAUGAAGACGACGUUGAUUGGUCAUCGGAGAAACGUCGCAAGAAGUCUAGCCAAAAUUCCCGUAAUAAUGGUUCUAAGAAGAAUAAUGGCAAAACAUUUUGAGCUGAUUCGAAGCGACAGUUUUCUUCGUGUUUAUCCUCUAAUGAUUAUCUAAUUUAGUUAUGCUCUAGUAAUUAAUUUUUUAUAAUCGUAUUUUAGUUUAAUUUAUGAAUGUAUUAUUAAUUAUUUAGUUUUGAAUAUGGCCUAUUCAUAACGCAUCUCUUUUUUAUACAUUAAAAAUCUAUAAAUGGAAAUUGAAA